GUGAGAACAGAUGACUAACAUAAAGUAGAACAGUUAAAGUUUUGCCGUUCUUCAAACUAAAAAAGAUUAACUUUUCUUUCACGCAAUCAAUAAUAUCUUAUUUUAAAGUAGCCUAUAUAUACCGCCAUAUUAUAAUUAGAGAAUAGGACCUAAUAGACUAGUCGUGGAACCGACUGUCUUAAUUUUACUUAAAUUAAAUUCAGGCCAGGCUAUUCAUUUAUCCUUGUGUUUUACAGCAUGAAGUGUUCUCAAUGUCAAACGUUGAACUGUGAGGAGGGACUGCAGCUUUGUUGUAAAUGUCGAACAUUCGCCGAGGAAGAAGUAUCACACGUCUCAGGAAUGGGCAGUCUUAAAGAUUUAGCUUUUGACCGAGGAAGAAGUGAACCAUCUGUAGACUCUGCUCUUAAAGACCUCUCAGAUGAAGAGGACUUUGUUGAUGCCAGUGAUUCAGUCCUUGAUUGUUGCAGUGAGCAAGAAGAUGCAUCACAGUCAUCACAAGCUGGUUGUCAAGGAGACACAAAAGCACAGCCGACUGACGAUGGCCCCUCACCAGGAGAGAUAAAAGUUCACCAUAUAAGCACUGACUGUGUUACCUUGGGAUGGGACCCCCCAGAACCCUCUAUGAAAUGGUCAUAUGAGGUGACCCUCUCCAGCUGUGCACAGAAAGAGAGUCUCCGUGUCCAAGAUUCCAACACUAUUGACUUUGAGGGCUUGCGCCCCGGCACAGAGUACAUCUUCAACGUUGUUUGUGUUUCUGAAAGUGGAGUUCGGAGUAAAGCCUUCACAUCAUCCUGUUACACAAUGCCCAUGCCUCCAGAGAAAUUGCGGAUUGAUCACGUCACCAGCGACUCAGUGUGUCUCAGUUGGCACCAUCCCGAUGGUGAAGUCGGGGAGUAUCAUGUGAACUGUUCCAGAGAUGGGGAAGACACCAGAGAGAAGACGACAGUCUCAAACAGCCUGACCUUCUCCAGUCUGAGACCAGGUGUGAAGUACACCUUUAGGGCCUCAACUCUCCUGACGACCGGACCCAAGAGCCAGUUUGUGGCGGUAUAUGUCCACACAAAAACCGUCCUGGAGAACCUACUGCUAGACUUGGGUUUGGACUUCAAAGAAAAACUUACCCUGAGCACAGUGCUGCAAAUAGAUGAGAAGACCAUCUCCGGAGAACCAGCUCAUUCUCUCACAGACCUUCCAUGGUAUUUCCUGAAAAGGUUAAUGAUGGUUAAUGUUACAGCUAGGAGUGGAAAGUGUGUCUCCACUGUAGACGAAUCAGGUUGUGACGCUUCAUUCUGUAGUAGCGACUUUGAAUUAGAGAGUUUGGUUGGCAACCAGGAUGUGAACAACAUGGUGAACCCUUUAGAUAUUGUCGCUGCUCUCUUUUUGUGCUCCAAUGGUUUCCUGCAGCAAGAGAUGACCUUGAAAAUGUCCAUGUGUCAGUUUUCAGUGCCACUGUUGCUUCCAAACUGUGACUCAGAUCAGUGCACAUUCAUGCUCUGGGCUCUGCGGGACAUUGUUAAAAAGUACAGACCUCAUUCUCUAGAUGAUCCAAAAGGAUUUGUCGAAAACAGGGUUGUGCUUUCAGACCUUCCUAUGGUGUCUUUCGUCAGACUGGGUGAGUGCUCCUUGUCCAAGUCGCAGAUUAUAAACAAACUUCUAAGCAACCCCCAACAGUAUCACGACACAUUUGUUCACCACGAUAUGGAAUGUGGCGAUAGUCCGAGAAGGAUAUCAAAUGGAUUGGUUGAAAUCAGUUGGUACCUCCCUUGUGGGAACAAAAACAUAGACAUAUUUGGAGAACCUGUUGCUGUAGCCAACCUUCGAGGUGACAUUGGUACCUUCGAGACACAAUACUCCUUCCUGUGUCAGACCUCAGUUGCGGUUUUUGUUUUCUUUGACAACUUGGACUACUCACUACUGACCAGUCAACACACGAAGGCACAGCUCUUCUUGAUAGGGAACCCUCAGAGUCCAAACUUCAACAUUGAUGUUUUGAAGAAAACUGCCUCCGGGCUGAACCUGAAAAAGAACAACAUAAUCCUCAAGACCAAACAGAUGAACGAUGCAGAUUUUGUCAAAAACCUACGAAACACAGUUGGUGAUGUGAUCAAGAACUGCAAAUUCAAGAUGCAGCUGGAAAAGAUGUCCGAUGUGGCCCAUGAGCUUGGAAUCCUGGUGGAUGAAGACUGCCAGGAAUGUCAGACUGCCAAGCAAAAUGCGUUUGCCAUCACUUCAAACAUACCUGACAUAUUUAGGUACAAAGAAAGUCAACUACCCUUGCAAGGACAGAUAUGGAAAGAGCUAGCUCGUUUGGAAAAAGAAGAAUGCAGACUGAGGAAAGUUGGUGAUAAAAACAUUGAGAUUUACAAGAGUGAGCUCCAAACCCAGAAAACACAACUCAGGAAAAAACAGGCUGAAUGGGACAUGUCUGGAGCAAUGACCUGCUUCAUCAAUGCCAUAUCAACACCUGGAUUAGAAAGGUCCUAUUUCUUGAAAUGGAUGCGAAUGAACCUUGACAAUCUGUCCCGCGAAAGCCUCAGUGGUCUUCGGGAACAGUAUAAAGAAAAAUGUCAAAACUCCUCAGAAAACAAAGAAGACAUCAAAGAUCUAGACAAACAGAUUUCAAACAGUUCCCUAGGAACUGAACAUUUUCUCCGUGAAAUGGGUCAGCUCUAUGAAUCUUCAGUCUUACUCCCAGAGGGUGAGGUAUCACGGCAACAACUUCUCCAUCUUCCCAAGCUAUGUGCAGAGUUACUCCUGGAUGGAUAUCCCCUGGAACUGGUGGACGGAGAUGCAUCCAACAUACCACUGAGAUGGGUGAGUGAUGUUCUGUGUGAACUUGAUGCCUUGGUGAAGCCAAAGAACAAGAUCAUGGUGAUCACGGUUCUAGGAGUCCAGAGUACAGGGAAAUCCACUCUCCUCAACGCCAUGUUUGGGGUCCAGUUUGCAGUCAGUAGUGGAAGAUGCACAAGAGGGGCCUUCAUGCUGCUCAUCAAGGUUAAAGAAGACUUCAAAAAGCAACUUGAUUGUGAUUUUGUAGUGAUCAUUGACACAGAGGGUCUCAAGUCACCAGAGCUUGCACAGCUAGAUGAUAGCCACGAGCAUGACAAUGAGCUGGCAACGCUUGUGAUAGGGCUAAGUGACAUCACAAUUAUCAAUAUUGCCAUGGAGAACUCGACAGAGAUGAAGGACAUCCUGCAGAUAGUGGUCCACGCUUUCCUCAGGAUGAAAGAAGUAGGGAAAAAGCCCAAGUGUCAGUUUGUGCAUCAGAACGUGUCAGAUGUUUCUGCACAUGACAAGAACAUGAGAGACAGGAAAAUGCUGUUGGAGCAGUUGAAUGAAAUGACCCAAGCAGCAGCCAAAAUGGAAAACAAAGAAGAGAAUAAGAACUUCACUGAUGUGAUCGAGUACAAUCCAGACACAGGCAACUGGUACAUCCCUGGACUGUGGCAUGGAAACCCACCAAUGGCACCAGUCAACGCAGGGUACAGUGAAGCGGUCUUUGAGCUCAAAAGAAACAUGGUCCAAGUUUUGCAAAGAUGUGACAUAUCUAAAAACAACAUAAUGGAGUUUCUGGAGUGGACAAAAAGCUUAUGGAAUGCUGUAAAAUAUGAGAACUUUAUCUUCAGCUUCAGAAACAGCCUUGUGGCCGAUGCCUACAUGAAGUUGUGCACCAAAUUCAAUAAAUGGGAAUGGGAAUUUAGAAAGCACAUGUACACAUGGGUUGCAAAUGCUCAAACAAAGAUAUCCAACUUCAGAACAAUUCUUGAUGAAUUUCAGACAUCAGAUAUUGAAGAAUUACUUGUCGACUUGAAAAGCAAAGCCUUGUCACAAAUCUCAAAGUGGGAGAAAAUCCUUCUUGACAACUUGACCAAGUACUAUGAACAAACGGAAGGUCAUGUUUGUCUAGUUGAGGGGUAUAGAGAAACGUUCUCUAACACUGCAAAGAGCCUUCGAAGAGAAAUGGAGAACUCUGUGCUCAAUCAACUGGAAGCAGCUGUUGAAAUCAGAAAGGGAAUGUGCAGUCUUGAAACUAUCAAGGAAAACCACACAAUCAAACUGGAACAGAGGGUGCUUGAACUCCUUGAGGAAUGUAGAAAAAGCAAAGUUCAAAAGUCCGACAAAGAUCUUGACAGAGAUUUUGACAAAAUGUGGGAUACAACUGUGAAGGAGUUGUCUUUCAAGGGACUAGACCCAAAAGAUGUUGUGGAAAAGGUGUUGAAGCAGCUUCGCUUGAAUCUAAAACAGAGCCCCUUAAUCAAGACAGUAAAUAACAUUAAAUUGAAUCAGUGUGGGGUAGAGCCAUUCGAUGUGCCCAUUGAUGGCUUUUUCAAGAAAGUAAAACAUGCCGUAAUAAAUAUGUUUUACUUGGACGAUCACAUUUCGAAACUCCAAGCACUUGCAGACAGUAUUAUAUAUGCAUGUUUACUGUUAAUUAAUGACAAAGUACAAAAGGAGACUGACUACCAUGACAAUGACAUCCAAGAGGUCCUGCACAUUAUUGACGAAAGGUUGUCUGCUAGCAGAGAUCCUCAGACCAACUGUGAAUUUGAAGUCAAACUCAAGUUACAUAUUUGUGGAAUUGCAUCAAGGCAAUUCCAGGAAAUGCAUGGACAUUUCAUUGAAGUCAAUGACCCACGCCGAUGCCUUGAGCAAUACAGAAACAAGUACCAUGAUGAUUUCAAAGACUUGUUUAACAAACGAGACCAAUGUAAGACUAAAGCAGAAGAAUUCACACAACUAUGCCUCAAACCUGCAGUGGAAGCCAAUGUCCUCAACUCUUUAGGUCCAGAUAUUGUAGAUGAAAUGCUGACUGGAAGAAAUGCUCUUCAAUUUAGCACUCGUGCAUUUUUUCAGUAUUCUGUCUUGAAACAUUUGAUCUCCGAGUUCAGGUUUGAGAACUAUGUCAGCUAUAUUGUUUCCUAUGAAGAAUACGUAAAAAAAUGGAUAUAUAAUCAAAUCAAGGAACAUCUUUCAAAUGGGUUGAAAAUCUGGGAAUUACAGCAACGCCAUCUUAAAGCAAAUAUUCAAAAUAUAACUGAUGCCAUCACGAAGAUGCAAAAAGACAAAAACUGCAAUUUGGAGAAAUAUGUUCAGAAUAUUUGCAAGGAACUUGGAAAUACAUUGGUUAUUCCCAAAGAUGCUUUAAGUGCAUUCAUGAUCCUCAAUAAUGCUGACCAAGAGCAGUUUGCCCAGUGGCUCAAAAAAUCCAUUGAGGAAAUGGAACAAUCCUUAAUGAUCAAGCUACAAAAACAGAGUGUACAGAGUAUACUGGAAGCAUUGAGAAUCAAACCACAAGAUAUCCUUUUUAACCGAGUGUUUGGAUGUGGCAUGCAGUGUCCAUUUUGUAAAGCACCAUGUGAGGCAGGUGGCAAGGCCCACACAGACCAUUUUGCCUCAGUACACCGGCCACAGGGUCUUGGCACAUAUAGGUUUUUACAUUCCAGAAAAUUAGAUACUGAUAUUUGCUCUUCACUUGUGUUCUGUGAAGGUUGUUUCUGUUGCUAUGAGACAGAUGAAGAAAACCACCCUUACAAAAAGUACCAAGAGAUUUAUCCAGACUGGCACAUUCCUGCAGAUCCCAGUAUCCAGGCCUCAGACUACUGGAAAUAUGUUAUGACUCAUUUCAACAAAAAGUUUGCCAAAGAGUACAAGGCUUUACCUGCAGAUAUCCCCCCAGCUUGGAAAAACAUCACAAAAGAACAGGCAGAAAAUAGCCUCAAAGAGUGUUUUAGCAUAAAAUGAGACUCCACCUGUCUCAAAGAGGGCAGUCUCAAUAUAUUUUCACAUAUAACUUUUCAUAAUAGUAGUGAGAGCAGAACUCAUUUAACCAAGACUUAAAAAUUAGGUUGAUGUUUUGGUUCCAGUUACACAACACUUGGCCUGUACUGUACUUCAAAUAAUAAGACAACACUACUUGAUAAAUUGAUUGUGUGAAUCACAUUGGAUGACAUUGUCACUGAUAACCGUGCUGUCUUAUUGAAGCUUUGCCUUCUUGUGACAAAGAUUGUUGGCCUUCUUGAUACUGUUUCAAGUAUUUGUUUAUCAUGUUUGUUUUUCUUCUUUUAUCUUUAUGAACAUUUAGUGUAUUUGAAGUAACUAAUCAUAUGUAGUCGAUUAUAUGAAUUCAAAUACCGUACUAAUAACUGAAUAUGUUUUGUAGGUUUUACUGGUGGUUUGGACCUUGCUUUAAAAUGAAAAAUGUUUGAUAGUUGUCUUUUGUUUAUGAUUGUUUUUCCUCACAAGAGCAUGGAUUAUUUUAACAUGUUCUAAUGUGGUUUAAGUUCUUUAUACUCACUUGUAUUUUAUGUAAUCAAGAAUUUGUCUAGUAGAAUAAUUCAAAUACCUCACUGGUAACAAACAUUCUAACGGUGGUUAGCCUUCUUGGGAUAAACCGACACAUUUUUGUUGUGUUUCUUUAGUUAUUCUUCUAAAGACAGAUUAUUUGAUUGUGCCUUAAUGUGGUGGAAUUGCUUUACAGCCACUUCUUCAAUUCGAUGUAAUCAAGCAUUUGUAGUCCACUAUGUAAUGUGAUUCAGGAUACGAUGAGAUGCAAAUACAGUGUAUGUAACUCUUAAUGAACACUUGCAUCCCACACAAGGAAAGCAUCAAAUAUUAUUUCCAUCUGUAUGAUUCUAAUGUUUCAUUCUAAUGAUUUGUAAUAUUCUGAAGAGACUUUGAACUGAAAAGCUUCCACGUUUUCACGUUGCAGAGGUUUAAUAAAGAGUCAAAAUCACCAACCUA